AUGGCUCUCCUGCUCGCUUUGGCUCUCAGUCUCCUGAAGCUGGGGUCAGAACAGUAGCAGGUGACUGGACCAGAUAAGCCUAUCCAGGUCCUGGUUGGGGAGGACGUGGUGUUUUCCUGCUUCCUCUCUCCUAAGACAAAUGCAGAGGACAUGGAAGUGUGGUUCUUCAGCAAUCAGUUCUCUGCUGUGGUCCAUGUCUACAAAGAUGGGAAAGACCAGGAAAAUAUGCAGAUGCCAGCAUAUCAAAAGAGAACUGAGUUCAUAAAGGACUCCAUUGCAGAGGGGCAUGUCUCCCUGAGGCUGGAGAAUAUCAUUCCCUUGGACACUGGCCUCUAUGGAUGCUGGUUCAGCUCCCAGACUUAUGACAAGGAGGCUACCUGGGAGCUGCAGGUGUCAG